CUUAAUUUAAUUUAUUAUUAUUAUUAUUAUUAUUAUUAUUAUUAAUCUCCUUCUUCCUCAAAAGUUAAUCAAGACUAUAUAUACGAAACGCAACGCUAGCUAGAGCUUAAUUUUACAUGUGAAACAAUUUCCAAUCUUUCUUUCUUUCUUUAAUUGUUGAAUGGCUGAGAAGAAGCUUGAACUCUUUCGUGCUGGGAUGAACCCAACCUCCGUUUACGGAAAUGAUUGUUUCUUGGAGCAAGUUAUGGUAAAAGAAGGAUCAUCAUCAAGUACAAGUAAUAGUAUCAUAACAACAAAGAAGAAAGAAGAAAAAGAUAAUAAUAAACACGAAGCGGCGGCAGCAUCACAAUUCUCAUACACAUCUUUGUAUAAUUCAUCAUCGUCAGCAUCAACAACUACUUUCAAGAAACUAAGAAUAGCAGACUCAUCAUUGUUAAACCAACAAGACUUUGCAGCAGGAAAGCUCAUGAAUUUUUCCACUUUUUUAAGACCUUCAAUGCUUCGUCAGAAUAGUUCUGUUUCACGUGAUGCUGAUAACAACAAAGAAGAACCGUUUCCUGAAAAGCAGUUAAAAUCUGUUAGCAAUAAUAAUAAGAGGAAAGUGGUGGAUACCGGCUUCUGUAACGAACCCUUGAUAGAAUAUUCGUCUGUGUGUUCGCUUGGAGCGUCAACAAACAACACACACAUUUAUAGCCGGAAACAAGACCUCCAUGACUCCACCUACUCAAGCGAGAAUGAUGAAGACAUAGAAGAUGUUACCAGCGAAGAGACAAGAUCAACAAGAAACUGCGCGUACUGAAAGAUCUCAUACCCAAUUGUAAUAAGGUAGACAAGGCUUCACUGCUUGAUGAUGCCAUUGAAUAUCUUAAGGCCUUAAAACUUCAUUUACAGAUUAUGACAAUGGGAACCGGGCUAUGCAUGCCUCCAAUGAUGCUACCUACAUCUUCUCCAACCCAGCAAUUACAACAGUUAAUGGGUAUGAGGCCUGGAAUUAACAUCCCUUGCAACAUGGCUCAGUUCAAUGGUAUUCCACCACUACCUAAUGGAGUUGGCAUGUUUGGUUUCCCUAACCAAUUCUUACCCGUUAUUCCGCCAAAUCCAAUGUCUCAUGCACCUUUCACUACUACUACUACUACUCAUCCCAUGCUUGGAAAUAAUAAUAAUAAGGUUAAUAAUCUUUGUACACAACCGCCACUACUUCAGACAACCAAUAAUAUCUCAGCUCUAAAGUAGGUGUAUUAAUCAAUUCAUUGUGUUUCAUUGAAUAAAUAUUAUUGUGAUUUGUGUCAAUAAAAGCUACAUCAAUUAAUGUUGUAUCAA